ACAAAAGAAGAAGAAAGCAAAAACGAGAGCUCUCUCUCUCUCUCUCUCUUUCUUCAAUCCUAAGCUCAACUCUUCUUCUUUGAUUCACUCACAUUUUCCCGAUCCCAAAACACCUUCAGCUCCGCCGGAUGGGCUGCACGCAAUCCAAGAUCGAUAACGAGGAAGCCGUCUCGCGUUGCAAGGAGCGCAAGCUCAUCAUGAAGGACGCCGUCUCCGCCCGCAACGCCUUCGCCGCCGCUCACUCCUCCUACGCUGUCUACUUGAAGAACACCGGCGCCGCCUUGAACGACUACGCUGCCGGCGAGGUGGCGCAGCACCCGCCCCAGCUCGUCCAGCCUAAUUUGUCCUCCGUCCCCGCCGCCGCUACUUUUGACUCCUUCGUUCCUCCGCCUCCGCCGCUUCCUGAUUUCCCGUCCCAGCCGCUCCAGCGGGCCGCCAGCAUGCCCGAGAUCAAGCCCGACCCGAAGGCCGGCUUCAAGCCCAAGACGAUCAUCGAGGAGGAGGACGAGGAUGACGAGAUUGACGGCGGCGGAGGCUUGAGAGUGAGGACUAGGAGCAAGAGCCAGAGCCAGAGGCAGGGCCAGGGCAACAGAGGAGCUGUGGAGACUGAAGAUGAAGAAGAGGACGAAUUUCCCGACGGACAGCCUCCGCCGUCGCCGACGCCGCCGCCUCCUCAGUCGGUGGAGAGCCGGACGGUGCCGCCUAUGCCGCCGCAUCAGGAGACGCCUUACGACUACUUCUUCACCGUCGACAUGCCGGCGACGUCGCUGGAUGUGCCGCCGGAGCCGAGCUACGGGAGCAGGGAGGAGAUGAUUCAGAAGAAGGUGUUCAACGAAAGGCCGGCGAAGAAAGUGGAGAGAGAAUUGGAGCCGGAAGUGGUGGUGGAGGUGAAGAGGAGCUCAAAAGUGGUGGAGGAAGAGGUGGUGGCUGUGCCGGCUCCGCCGCCGCCGCCGGUGGUGGUGGUGGAGCGGGCUGUGAAGAAGCCGGUGAAGCCAAAAGGCAGUGUUAAUUUGUUACAGGUAUUUACGGAGAUAGAUGACCAUUUUCUCAAGGCUUCUGAGAGUGCUCAGGAUGUGUCUAAGAUGUUGGAGGCUACCAGGCUUCACUAUCACUCCAAUUUCGCCGAUAAUCGGGGGCAUAUUGAUCACUCUGCUAGAGUGAUGCGUGUUAUUACAUGGAAUCGGUCUUUUAAAGGGAUUCCGAAUUUUGAUGAUGGCGGCAAGGAUGAGUUCGACACUGAAGAACUUGAAACUCACGCCACGGUCUUGGAUAAAUUGCUGGCGUGGGAGAAAAAGCUGUAUGAUGAAGUCAAGGCAGGUGAACUCAUGAAAUUUGAGUACCAAAAGAAGGUCGCCUCGUUGACUAAGCUGAAGAAAAAACAAGGUAGUAACUCAGAAGCAUUUGAGAAAGCAAAAGCAGCAGUGAGUCAUCUGCAUACAAGAUACAUAGUUGACAUGCAGUCCAUGGACUCAACAGUAUCAGAGAUAAACUCUUUAAGAGACGACCAGCUAUAUCCGAAGCUUGUUCAGCUUGUGGCAGGGAUGGCUACUAUGUGGGAAGUGAUGCGAUAUCACCAUAAGAGCCAGUCAGAGAUUGUGAUUGCCCUCAGAUCUUUUGAUAUCUCCCAAUGUCCGAAGUAUACAACUGACAACCACCACCUCAACACUGUCCAAUUGUGGCAUGUGGCGCAAGGCUGGCAUAUGCAGUUUGUGGAGCUUGUAAGCAAGCAAAAGGAGUAUGUAAAGGCACUGAGGAACUGGUUGAAACUUAAUCUCAUCCCUAUUGAGAGCAACUUAAAAGAGAAAGUUUCUUCUCCACCAAGAAUUCAAAAUCCUGCCAUUCAGGGGUUAAUCCUCGAAUGGAACGAUCGUCUAGAGAAACUUCCAGAUGAUGCUGCGAGAACUGCUAUAAACAACUUCGCUGGUAUAAUACAUACUAUAGUGCUGAAACAGGAGGAAGAAAUAAAUAUGAAGGAAAAAUGUGAAGGUUCCCGGAAAGAACUUGACCGCAAGAAGAGGAAUUUUGAAGAUUGGUACCAUAAGUACAUGAACAAGAACAUACCAGACGAAGUGGAUCCAGAAAGACCAGAAAUCAAUGUUCGCAGUGAAGUUAUCGCAGAAAAGCAAUUCGCUGUGGAAACAGUCAAGAAGAGGUUAGAAGAGGAAGAGGAAACCUAUGCAGGACUGUGCCUUCAGGUGAGAGAGAAGUCUAUAACAAGUCUUAACACUGCUUUGCCAGAACUGUUUAGAGCAUUGGCGGAUUUCGCUAUUAUUUGUUCAGACAUGUACAAAAGUUUGAAUUCCAGAACAACCCACCAUCAAAGCGAGAGCUCAGGAAGACAAUAAGCUUGUAAGUAUAAUUCCUCACUGAUUUUGUUCUUCCCGGUAUAUGUUAUUUGUAUCUGUGUAGCAAAAUUGUGCAUUUCAGAUAUCAGCCAUGCCAGUAAAGUCGCAUAGAUAAAGUUGUUUGAAAUGAAAUCACAGAAAAAAGAAGAAAGAAAGAAGGAGAAUUAGAUUGA